CGAUAAUUGUUACUUUUUUUUCUAUGUUGUCUAUUUUAAGCCAGUCAUGGCUUCUCCAGACGCCAUUGAGUGCAUUGCAUGUUUCAACCCUUUGCCGAGUGAUGGUGUUUUUAUUACGUGUUCUUCUUGUAAUCAUGCAUACCACCUUGAGGCUUGCUCUGGCAUUGCGGAAAGGACUUUUAGAUCAAUGGGGAGCGCCAAACGAGACAAAUGGAUCUGCCGCACUUGCAGAACUCGUGACAGCAGAUUAGGCGCAGGCGGUGCUGAGGAGGCGUCGUUGUCAGCCGACGAAGGUGCCGUGACCGCACAACUUGCGCAGAUAAACGCCAAGCUUGAGCUUUUACACACACUGAAAGUCAACGUUGAUCGCCUGUCUGAUCUUCCGGCUAAAGUAGACGAUCUCCUUUCUUUGAGGCCAUCACUGGACGCGACAAAAGAGACGAUCAAGGGCCUGCAAGAGUCGAUUAAGAAAUGCGAGUCUAUGAUGCAACUCGUUGCAGAAAACGAUAAGGAGGUCAAGUUGCUCCGAUCCGAGGUCGGAGUGCUGCAAACAACAGUGAAAGACCAAACUACCCUUAUCGAACAGCUCCAAACAAACAUUAAUUCAACUGAACAGUACAGCAGAAGAUGUAAUAUGGAAAUUCACGGAAUUCCCACCGCAAACGAUGAAAAUCUGAAGAUUACUAUGAACGACCUUGCAACAAAACUAGAUAUUCAUUGUCACAACCCCGUCGAUGUUGUAGCCUGCCACCGCCUCCGCUCGAGGCGCGAAGGACCUGCCCCGAUCAUGGUUCAGUUCAGUUCCGUGUCGAACGUGCAGAAACGAAUGACAGCACUUUACAAUGGCAGCUCGACGGCCAUCAAGCUGGAGAAACAUUUUGGUGUAAAAAUGAUGGGAGCAAUUUUACACUGA